CGGUGAUGUUUCGGAGGCGAGCGUUACUGUUGUGAAGUGAUUGCCAAAGCAACACGGACCUGAGACAAUAUUUUAUUUUAUAAAAUUGACCCAUGUCGCUGUUGAGCUGUUUAGACAUUAACCCUUUGAAUGAAUCGUUUUCAUUCACGACUAUAUGUUGAGAAAACCGAGCGGAAAAAAAAGAAAAGAGACGACAGUUCCUGAGGCUUCCUGGACCAGGAAUCUGCCAGCUAAUAAAAAAACUCACAGCUGUGGGUACCAACUGAGGGAUUUACACACUCUGUGACAUCGCCAACAAAGAGGACACGGAACAGAGGAUAAUCUGGAUAACCUUGUCAAUCUCCCGGCGUCGAUAAGAAGACAAGUUGGUGCAAACAUAACACCUGACUUCCUACAAUACUGUCACCUGGAAAUAGAAAGAAAAACAAAACAAGAGCCCGUGCAGUGUUUUGAGGAUGAACCACUUAUCCCUCAGUGAGAUAUGUUGCCUGUUCUGCUGUCCACCGUGCCCCAGCAAGAUCGCCUCCAAGCUGGCCUUCCUGCCCCCAGAGCCCACCUACAGCCUCAUGUCUGACGACAGUGGCAGCAAAUGGACGCUGAACCUCUCCGAACGUGCAGACUGGCAGUACUCGUCCCGUGAGAAGGACGCCAUCGAGUGUUUCAUGACACGCACCUCAAGAGGGAACCGCAUCGCCUGCAUGUUUGUCCGCUGCUCGCCCAGCGCCAAGUACACAUUGUUAUUCUCCCACGGAAACGCAGUGGACCUGGGCCAGAUGAGCAGCUUCUACAUUGGCCUGGGUUCAAGGAUCAACUGCAACGUCUUCUCCUACGACUACUCGGGUUACGGGGCGAGUUCUGGGAAACCCUCGGAGAAGAACCUGUAUGCUGAUGUGGACGCCGCCUGGCAGGCACUCCGAUCACGGUAUGGCAUCCGGCCAGAACACGUGAUCGUGUACGGCCAGAGUAUUGGCACCGUGCCCUCUGUGGACCUGGCCUCUCGCUACGAGAGCGCCGCCGUCAUCCUCCACUCCCCGCUCACCUCCGGCAUGAGAGUGGCCUUCCCCGACACCAAGAAGACCUACUGCUUCGACGCCUUCCCAAACAUUGACAAGAUCUCCAAGGUGACGUCCCCAGUGCUGGUGAUCCAUGGCACGGAGGACGAGGUCAUCGACUUCUCCCACGGCCUGGCGCUGUACGAGCGCUGUCAGCGCCCCGUGGAGCCGCUGUGGGUGGAGGGCGCCGGACACAACGACGUGGAGCUCUACGGACAAUACCUGGAGAGACUCAAACAGUUUGUUGCACAUGAGCUGGUCAACUUGUAGAAGAACUGGAAAGGAGGGCGGCGAGGGGAGAGUAGGAAAAAGCAAUGGUUUCCAGGAGAGGGUGGAUGAUGGAGAAGGGUACAAUGUUUUCUUUGAUGUGAUGCAGGUAGAAGUGGUGUUAGUCUGUGUAAUCUGAAGUGUUGGUGGCAGGCUUCUCAUUAUCGAGCGCCUCGCCCCCUUGGAGCUCCCUUUUGUCAAAGGGGCAAAGAGCCUUUCAGUACCGUCCACUCUACAUGCUGCAGCUGUGAAUUUACAACCCAUCAGUUUUUGUUUUGCUUUAAAAUGUUGGUUUUUUUAUGUUGCAAUUUUCACAUCCUGAGUGUGAGAAUGAAAGAAUGCACAGACGAUAUUCUGAGUGUACAUGCAGUAAAUGAGUGUCACAUUUUGUUGCUUUAAGAAAGACAUGGUCCACUGUUCCUUAUGGAGGGAUUUUGAGGCUGUAGAACUGGACUCUCCAACCCAGCCGAGCUCCAUCUGACUCUGAGGUUCGGCCCUCCACUCUGCAGUCACCGUGUAUUUCCUUUUUUGGAUUACUGUUUAUUAUAUUUUUUUAUAUUAUACAUGAUUUUUGCACGUAUCAGCUGUCACUGGUGUACAACACGAACUGACAUUAUCUAGCUGUGUGCCAGUGUUGCCAAAUGUUUAGUAUAAUAUAUAGCAGAGAGUUGGACACACAGAAAUGUGUACAAAAUGAAUCUAGAGACAUCUCAAAAGCUCGGUUAGCUGUAUUCAGUUCGUACUUGUCCGUUAGGUCUUAAUUGGGGGAAUUGAAUGACUUGCAAUCUAAAAAGAUAUGAUGCAGUUCAUGUAGUCGGUUAAAAGAAUCGGGCUGUGUGCCAAUGCCGGUUAUUUCCUGCCACUCUGUCCUUUGGAAACAUUUCCACAGUUACUUCUUCAAGGUAAACUCCGAAGCAUUGCUGCUGUAGGUUUAUUACUGCUACGCUGUAGUAGAUACAUGUUUCAGAACAUAAAAUGCUGGACAGAUAAAUGUAGAAACUGACACCUCUUUGGAAAUGACAAUAUUCCCCUUUAUAUAGUAGCUAAUAUGAAACCCCGUGUUGACAGUGUUUUUUCUGUCUUUGGGUGAGAAGAUAAAGUGAAAUAAUGUAUGUAGUUAUUAUUACAGAUCUUAUGUACCUGAAUCAGAUCUUUAAGUUCUUUUUUUCUUUUUUUACACAAGAUACGACUAUGUUAACUACUGUGACAGCAGUCUGUGCUCUAUUCAAGAAUUAUACCACUAAUGCCAAUCAUGACUGAAUGGUGCACAUUAUUAACGCAGCUGGUGUAGAUUUAUUGUUACUUCAGGAAGUUGUUAAACAUUAUAAUGUUGCGUUUUAAGUUAUUGAGAAGCUUAAAAUGAAUAGACGAUGGGUAAGUGGCUCCGCAUUAAAGGCCUCCAUCAUGGACGGUUUAGUUUUGUCUUAACCUGUUGUCUGCAUGGUAGUUCUGGAUCCAUUGUUGUCCAUUGAUUUGCCCUUUUAAUGCUGAGCUGCUAAAACAAGGAAUCAGCCGCUGAUGGCUCCUUUGAGACCCUGAAAAGCAAAUGUCAAAGUGCUACUGCAUGCCAAGAAUGGCUAGUUUUUCUUUAUUCUUUUCAGUCUGUGACAAACAGAGUUGAAUAAGAGCUCUCAAUAACUUGUUUUUAUGGGUAUUUUUUGGUACCUGCAUUACACUAGCCUGUGUCAACAAAAGGGGUCAAAUACUGUUUGUGUUAGACAAUUCAUCAAUAAGCAAAUUGGUGCUACUGUAAACUUCAGGUCUGCUCACUUACGUUAAAGAGGAAGUCAAAAUUGCUUGAUGUUUUGUCAUCUGUUACGAAACUGUUUUUUCACAACUCAUUUGUCUUAUAAACAAGGUUAUGCUUUUUGUUUGAUUUUAACUUUGUAAAUAAUAUUUGUACUGGACAUGUCAUUUUGAUUUCUUUGUCUUUCACAAGCUUUCAUUUCUUUCCGCUGUCAUUAUUCUUAAUUCUCUAACUCUUUAUGAGACCAAGGUAGGCCAUCCUUUAGGCUUUCAGAAAACCUUUGUUCAGGUAACUUUCACUAAUGUCAUCUCUGAUUUGAUUAAUUUUGUAUAUCAUAUUUCAAUACAAAGGAACAUAUAUGUAAUAACAAUAUUAAUAAAGUAAUUCUAAUGUGGAUAGAGAAAAUAAAAUGGUAUUUGAGAAGCAACA